CAAAAACAUCGCCUCGAGCAACUGCCAUGGCUGCGCUCAAAACCCUUGAUCUUUUCCCGCCGCCUGCCGCAGGCCUGGCAGGCUUGCAAGGGCAGCCACAGCGAGCCUUUCGAGGUACCCCCGCAGUUCAGGGGAGAUCUGCAGACCGCCACCAAGGAGCAGAGUUCUUGCCCGGCCUGGUCCUGGGGGCAGUUGCACGUGCGCAGAGGUCCAAGAGAUCCAAGCUGAAAAGAUAUGGCAUGGAUGGCAACUGGAGUGACAGGCUCGAUGCUGGAAGGCCCUUGCGCGUGAUCAUCGCGGGAGGGGGGCCCGGUGGCCUGGCGUUGGCUCGUGGCCUGGUGCAGUUGCCAGGCCUUGAGAUUCGAAUUCUGGAAGGAAGACCUGAAGUGAAGACAGGAGCCAGAGCAACUGGAAGGUCACACACCAUCGGCCUGGGUCGUAGGGCCAGGGAGGCCAUUCUCCAGGUGGGGGGCAAGCAGGCAUGGGAGCAACUCUGCUCCAAGGGAAUUCUGGCCGAUGGCUUCACUCUCCACCUCAAUGGAGUGCCACUGUCACUUCCUCCACCGGAGGGUGAACCGGUGGUUCUGGUGGACCGCAGUGCCAUCGUGGCGGAGCUCAAAGAUCUGCUGAUGUCGAGCGAUUUCGCUGCGGGCACGGACGUGAAGAUCGAGUACUCCACCCGGGUGCACACUGUGGAUGUGGUCCACCGCACUGUCACGGUGCGGCGGGGUAGCGGCGAGG